UUUUCCCAUCAAGUGUUGACAAGCUUAAUCCAGAGACUGGACUUGUAUAUGGAGAACCUCCUGUGCUGCUGGAGACUGGUAACGAUAAAAAUGCAAUUGUGAAUAUAUUUGGAGAAAACAAAAGUAAACAUGGUAACCUGCAUGGGUUUGGUGCUGAGCAAGUCAUAUUGGUUCGUGAUGAUGCUACCAAAAAACAAAUUGUUGAUCUUGUUGGUAAACAGGCCCUUGUUUUUACUAUUGUUGAAUGUAAAGGUCUUGAAUUCCAGGAUGUGCUGUUGUACAAUAUUUUCAGUUCAUCGCCUUUAAGAAACAAAUGGAGAGUUGUCUAUGGCUAUAUGAAAAACAAAAAUAUUUUAUCAUCACCUGAGGAGAUCUCUCAUCCGGAAUUCGACAGAAACAAGCACUGUCUUCUCUGUUCAGAGCUGAAGCAACUUUAUGUUGCCAUCACAUGAACUAGGCAAAGAUUGUGGAUAUGUGAAACGGCAGAUGAUUACUGUCGGCCAAUGUUUGACUUCUGGAACAAGUUGUGUCUUGUAGAAGUAAGAUUACUUGAUUCUUCCUUCAUUGAAGCAAUGAAGACAGGAAGCAGCACUGAUGAUUGGAGGCGACGGGGCACCAAGUUAUUCAAUGAGGGGCAAUUUGAGAUGGCUACAAUGUGUUUCGAAAAGGCUAAUGAUGCAUACAGAGAGAAGUGGGCAAGAGCUGGCGGACUUGUAGCAACUGCAGACAGUGUCAUGCCUAAGAAUUUGGAGCUGGGCCAGGCUUCAUUGCAAAAAGCGGCAGAGAUUUAUGAAUCUAUUGGCAUGCACGAGAAAGCUGCCAGUUGCUAUAUCAAGUUACACGACUACAAAAGAGCAGGAAUGAUGUAUAUGCAAAAUUGCAGCACUUCAAGGCUUGAGGAUGCUGGUGACUGUUUUGCUAUGACUGAAUGCUGGUCAGAAGCAGCCGAAGCGUACUUCAAAGCUAAAUGUUAUACCAAAUGUCUCUGCAUGUGCUCUAAACGAAAACUAUUCAGUUUAGGGCUCCAGUUCCUAGAGCAGUUGUGGGAGGAAGCUUCAGUUGAUGAGUCGAACAUUGGUCUACUUUACUCGCCAGCUGCAUAUGGUCUGAUUGUUGAUUCCCUUGAUGCACAUCUCAGGCCGUCAAAUAAGAAACUGACACAUGGGCAUCUUGGGAGAAUGGCCAUAUUUCUGCUACACGUAGUACCUUGGGGUGCCAUGCUGACUUCAAGACUUAUGCAGUACCUGGACAGCGAAUCUGAGUGGGCAAAUUUUUUUCAAUCUUUGGAUAUAUUUGUUCACCACAGUCGUUAUGAUUUUUUCGGACACAUAGAAAGUCAACACCCUAGUGGUCUUGAUGGCAGAUAUUCCUUGCUCCUGAACCUAAAGCUUGCUCUUGAGUCCACCUUCAAGUUUACCUUGAACGCAAACUGGAGAGCCGAACCGGAUUACAUAUCCCCAAUGUGCUGUGUGGAUCUCAUAGAGUGUCUUGGUUAUUUUGCUUCAUCAUGUUUUGUACUUCAUGGUUGCAUGUUCUCCACAGAAUCUAUUUUUCUCAAGAUGGUAAUGCGCAAAAACUGCAGCCUUUACUUUCAGAGUUGUUUGAUGUCUACGCCAGAUCGGGAACUAGAGAAAAUGUCAAUAUCAGUGGAGCGUUUCAUAUUUGAGUCGGCCAGGAGUCUCUUGACAAAGAAACAUAUGAUCCAAGAGUGGGUCCAGAAGACUUCAAGUACUUCACACAUUCCAGUCCUUCUGAGAUUAGUUGUCGCACUUUAUCUUGUGCCUUUAAAUCUUAAAGUGGGGGAUUGCUAUGAGGCCACUCGUUUCCUUGAGAUGCACAAAGUUUUCGAGGAUUUGCCUUUGGAAUUCUCGCAGAAGAUUCUAGGUGCUUUGCAAAUAAGGUCUUGGAAACUUGGAAAAUUCAGAAGGCUGUUUGCUGAUGCACUUGAAGUAAUUGGAGAACGCAUGCUAGUCGCUGGUUCACCCAGAGCCCAGGCGACGUGUCGAGGCUUGAAUGCUAUCGUAAUUAGCAGUUGGGACUGCAUGGUUAAUCAUGUUGCUCGGACGGUGAAUUCGCUUUUUCGUGAUGAAAGUAUAGAGAAUAAUUUUCUUGGAAAGAUACAGAGGAAAGGUCUGCUGCCACAUGAAAGGAACCGUGGUGGUAACAAAAUCAGGGAUGCUGAAUUUUGGGAGAAGUUUGAGGCGUUUCAAGCCAACAAGCAAGGCCAGAAAGAUGCAAGGGCUAUUGUUGUAUUCCUUAGAAGUGUCCUUUCCUGGCUGAUUCAAAGAGGACCCCCAACAAAGAUAGAUGUGGAUUUGUUACUGGAGGUCAGGCAAGUCUGCAACGACUUCGACAAACAGUCUGAUGAUAGUGCCGAGAAGAGAGCUUGUGUGACUGCCAAGGACCUCUAUUCGACCUGGAAGGAUGGCGGGAAGAAGCUGAAGAAGAUCAUCAGCGUUCUGCGUUCUGAAAAAGCGUCCAUGGAAGAAGAUAGAAGGAACGCAGCUGCUGCAGAUGUUGCGGUCCAAUCGCACACUGACGGAUGCUCCGGCAGCGAACCGGGGACAGGAGCAGCCGAGGAAGAUGCGCCCGAGGCCAGAGGCCUGUCGACCCCAGAAGAUGUAGAGGCGCACAAGCAGAAAAGCAAGAAGAAAUCAAAGAAAUGUAGGCGCCAUGCCCUGCCGUAGGCUGUCGUAGCAUGUAUGUAGCCGGUGCGUGCAUUAGUUAGUUUCUCUUUUGUGUGCUCGUCUCUGUAAAACCAAGACCGAUGGUUGGGUUGCAGUGUCGCAGUGUUCAUGUCACUUACUGAUGGUUAGGUGCGCUUUUCACUCUUACAGUAGAAUUGAAGCACCACUCAUCUAGGGAUAGACUGAAGGCAUGUCUAGUGUCUACGCGAAGAAAGAUUUGAUCUUACUGUCA